AUGGGUUGUUGCAUGAAAGGAACUGCUCUUGUAGCAGUGAGUUCUAUAAAUCAAAGUAAUAGAUAGAUUAAGAAAUUUGAGACUUAGAGGUCUAGGGUGGAUGAAAUGAAGUCUGUAGUAUUUGAGAAAACGAUGUAUGGAAAUGAAGAUAAUUAUUAUGAUGAUGAGGAGUUACGUAUAAUAGAUCGGAAUAAACUAUUGAAUUUAAUUGAAAAUGAGCCAAAAAGAAUUCGUUGGACUCCAGGAUAAGUAAUAGGAUAAGGAUCAUUUGGAAGAGUUAUAGAAGCAAUGAAUUUAGAUACAGGAUAAUUGAUGGCUGUUAAAUAAGUGAUAGUAGAUAUUAGAAAUGAAGAUCGUAUAAUAGCACUUGAGAUUGAAAUUGAUUUACUUUCUUUAAUGAAGCAUAAGAAUAUCGUUUCUUAUUAUGGAAUGGAACGUACAGAAAAGACAUUGAAUAUUUUUCUAGAAAGAGUAGCAGGUGGAUAUUUGAGUUCAAUGUUAUAGAAAUUUGGUCCAUUUUAAGAAUCUUUAAUAAAAGUUUAUAUGCGAUAAAUUUUGUUGGGAUUGGAGUACUUACAUUAAAAUGGCAUAAUGCAUAGAGAUAUUAAAGGUGCUAAUGUACUAGUUGAUAAUUAAGGUGUGUGCAAAUUGGCUGACUUUGGGAGCAGUAAGAAGAUUGCAUUAAAUAGUGAUAGCACUAUAUUUGGUACUCCUAAUUUUAUGGCUCCUGAAGUUGUACAACAAUAGAAAUCUGGAAGAAAAGCUGAUAUAUGGAGUCUAGGAUGUACAAUGAUAGAGUUAGCAACAGGUAAGCCACCAUGGCAUUAAUUGACAAAUCAAUUUGCAGUUAUGAUAAGAAUAGGGAAAGGUGAAAUUCCUUAAAUUCCAGAAGGAUUCUCUGAAGAAGCUAAAAAUUUUGUUUCACAUUGUUUAGAGUAAUUAAAUUAGAAAAUAUAUUGUUAGAGUUGAUGAAAGGAAACGCUGGAAUUGUACAAAAUUACUGAAACAUCCGUUUCUGAUUUAAUAGAAUAAACUCGAAAUUAUUUAAGGAAGAACACCUUUACGUAAUACACCUGGAAGUAAAUCAAAAUAGAAAAAAUCAUUUAAAUAUCCAGAAUAAGAGACACCUCAUUCUCCUGGUUAAAUGAAAGAUUUUGAUAAUUAAUAGUCAGAAAACCUUUAACCUAUGAUUGAUAGUUCUUUUGUUCUCAAAUAGAAAAGAUAGUAAGAAUGA